UGGGGAUCACGUGCAACUAAGGAUGUGGUCACAACACUUUGUGUCUCGACCUGCCAGCAUCACGCCACAGACAGAGGCGAGCCGCCAGAAUGAUCAAUGUGAUGUUACCAGCUGUCGUAGCGGUGCUGCUAUUGCUGUCGCUGUUGAAUACGGCGCUUGCAAUUCCGAACGGUUACGUCCUCAAUGUAAAGCACACCUGCGGCAGCAACUUGAAGGCGGAGAGCGUUGUGACUAUCACCACGGACUUAACUGUUGAAGUGAUUGUAGAGUGCAAAGACCGGUCAAUGGUCGUCCCAUCAUGGGACCGAGUCAUCUACCUUAUCAAAGCGCACUACAAGGGAGACGUGCACAAGCAGUGCUUGUUCAAGUCCCGCAGACGUUCAGGCAUCUGGUUGCUGUUGGUGAACAUCAAAUGGUCCGAGCCCAGGGAGACGCUAAAGACCAAGAAGGAGCAGUAUCUGAUCACGUGUAUACUCGACCCCCAUGCUAUGAACCAGACAACCCAGCAUCAGACCAAGGACGGUUUGUUGGGACCACUUGAGAUUCAGCAGCGGAUGGGUGUCCCAUCAACAUCCUCCUACAUCUUACAAGUCACUAACGUCAAUGGCCGACCGAUAAUGUCUCAUGUCGCGAUUGGCCGGAAGAUCCAACUGUUGACGACUAUGAAAGCUGCUAACAAUGAACUGGGUUUCCGUGCCGUGAGCUGCGACGCCAAUGGAGGGAGAACGUCGUAUUCCGUAUUACGUGGCGGGUGUGGCGAUGGUAUCGUGUUUCCCAGGACGGAAGGCUUCGUUACCAAAGGCCUUGAAGUCAGAAGUCCAUUCUUUGGUGCUUUCAAGCUGAGGAAUGAACCCUAUGUUACCUUCAAGUGUAACUUCACAUCCUGCAAGAAAAACUGUGACGGUGAUUCCUGCAGGUAUGAAAGGCGUCGACGGGAUACGAGACGCCAUGAAGAAAACCCAGUCGAAAUCGGACUGUCGUCUGAUCGCUUGAACAUUUUUGAACCGGAAGCUAGAGAAAGUGGACUUGACAUGGCCCAGAGAGUGCAGGAGCUUGUUGAUAUGGGCCUUGCCGUCGUGCCAGAGUCUUGCAAGAUGACCAGUCAGGGAAUGGUGUGUCGGGCGGCAGAUGACUACAGCAACCUGAACAUUGAAGACAGAGAUGUCAGCUACGGAGUUUUGGCGGUUGGGCUUCUCCUGCUCCAGGCGUGCGUUACCCUCGGCCUCGUGGGGGGUUUGGUCGUGGCCAGCAGACGGGACAGACGAAUCGAAAAGUCAGGUUCACGAGCUUCUUCCAUCCUCGCUUGCAAAGGGAAAUAAAUUCUGUGACUAAA